GCAAAACAGCAGAUCCCUGUCCAACGUCAUGAUCUCGUUAUGUGAUAUCUCAUGAACCUCCUCCGCUACAAUAAUCAAGUAUCCGGACAGCUAAACAAUCGCGGAGACUCCUGAGCUACGUCUUCUAUGAGCGCUAAUCUCUGAAUUCUGUACUUUGAUUAAGACGGCUGAAUAGGCGCGCAACUGUUAACUGAGCCCAAACAAACUGCGUAUUGUCUCACUUAUCCGCCGCCAUGUUUGCACCGCUUGGAUUAUUCAGGGACAUCCCAUGUCCACAGCGAGAGGAAUGUUCCCUGAUAGCCUGUCUAUUCUCUCACCGCGAUCUCAACUCGGCUCCAGCCGCUCAAGAUCAGGUAUUGGAGCAGAAAGAGCCCGCUAAACUGCCCCCUAAGAGACUCAAACUCGAGCCUCGCCCAGAAGCAAAGGAAACUCCAAAAGACGACUUACGGCAUGUUUCUGAUAGUGGAAGGAGCACGCCCGUUAAAAAGACAACAGCGCCUGCUACAAAUGCCGAGAAUAUUUCACCCGUUUCACGCCAGCCGAACAUUCCUAAAAAUACAGCCACAGCACCCAUUAAGCGCGAGCUUAAUGCCAAUACAGGGUCUAGUAUCCCACCUAGGCGGGCUCCGAAGGAAGCCCUGAAUCCGCGCAUGAUCCAGAAGUCGCCUGCUACGUAUAAUGUACGGAUGGCCAUAUUAAAGAAAUUGCAUGGCACUCUAUGUUCUUUGAAUGACCAGCUUGCUAAAGACAAAGCUCUUGAGGAUAAGUGUUUGAUCCUAACACCAGACGAGCUGAUAACAAUGGCGCUGGACGAAGAGGAGAAGGUGGCAAAGGAGAGCCCUACUGUAUACUCGAACGUGGUCAAGCUCCGUAUCGUGAAGCUGUCUAGGAUGAGCAAAGAGGACUGGGCCAAGGAACUCAAAGACUACCUCAACAAGAAAUACUAUAAAAUCAAGGCGGAGCCGGUCCAGAAAGAGCCAAAACCUUUCAAGACGGACUUGAGUGUUGAGGAAGAAAUCGCGGUUGCAAGCCAAUUGAUCACUCCGCUGCAGGGCUUAGAAGACUUCGGCUACGUGACGAGGGUGCCCACGGCAGAGGAAAUCGAAAUAGCAAAGAGAGGCGUCGCUGAGGCAAAAGGCUGGGAGAAAUGUGAGCGAUGCAAUGCCCGCUUUCAGGUCUUUCCAGGCCGUCGCGAGGACGGCACCCUCACCAGCGGAGGCACCUGCACCUACCACCCAGGGAAAUCCUUCUACCCUCCAAGGAAGAAGACCGACCAUAUUACGGGUACUAUGAGAGAGGGAUACUUUACCUGCUGCAACCAGAAGCUCGGCGAAUCCUCAGGCUGUACGACGGGCGCAACGCAUGUAUACAAAGUCUCAGAAACGAAGCGACUAGCAUCAAUCCUCCAGUUCGAAAAGACGCCAGAGAACCCGGACUUGCAUAACCCGACGCCGAUUUGCUUUGACUGCGAAAUGGGCUACACAACACUCGGAAUGGAGCUCAUCCGUCUCACGGCGGUUAGUUGGCCAGAGGGCAAGAAAGUCCUAGACGUCCUCGUAAGACCACUAGGCGAAGUCUUAGACCUCAACUCUCGUUUUUCCGGCGUCUUCCCUGAGCAUUACACAAAUGCGCUUCCAUACAGCACUGCCCCUACAAAAUCCUCCGCACCAUCUUCGUCUUCGCCCUCGCAACUUCAACUUGUCUCUUCUCCUGCCGCAGCCCGUACCCUCCUCUUCAACCUCCUUACCCCAUCCACCCCGCUUAUCGGCCACGCAAUUGACAACGACCUCAACGCCUGCCGCAUAAUCCACCCAACUGUGAUCGACACCGCAAUUCUCUACCCGCAUCCGGGCGGCGGGUUACCGUAUCGAAUGAGCUUGCGCACGCUCGCGAAGAAGCAUCUAGACCGCGAGAUCCAGACUGGUGGCGCGAGUGGUAAGCAGGGACAUGAUUCGGUUGAGGAUGCGCUGGCUACGGGGGAUCUCGUAAGGGUUAAGGCGGGACUGGUUUGGGGAAGGUUGAAGGAGAAGGGGUGGAUUGUUGAAGAGGGAAGACUUGUGGCGCCGGACUCCAGCUCAAACACGGUGUCAAUGCAGACGAAGCUUGGGGAGGGUGCCGGGGCGAAGAGGGCUAGGGAAGGGACUAGUUAA